AACUGGCGUGAACGUGAAGGCUGUCUCUUCCGACGCGCAAGCACAUGUCGUAUCCACGUCCACUUUUGCGUUUCAUUUAUCAGUAAAUAACAAUUAAUUGUGCAAAUCAAUAUAUUCAAAAAGUUGUAAAAUGUUGGUGUUAUUCGAGACCCCGGCAGGCUACGCAAUUUUCAAGCUAUUAGAUGAAAACAAAUUGGCGAAGACUGAAAAUCUUUAUCAUGAUUUCGAGACACCGGAGGCUGCCAGUAAACUCCUCAAACUCAAGCACUUCGAGAAAUUCGCAGACACAACAGAAGCUCUUGCGGCAACGACUGCAGCAGUGGAGGGAAAGCUCUGCAAAUCCUUGAAGAAGAUGUUAAAAAAACACUGCAGCGAAGUCCAAGAGCAGUUGGCAGUAGCGGAUGCCAAGCUCGGUAACGCUAUAAAGGACAAGUUGAGUCUAUCCUGUGUGAGCAACAACUCGAUCCAGGAGCUGAUGCGCUGUAUACGAAGCCAGAUGGACAGUUUGUUGGCAGGUCUUCCCAAGAAGGAGAUGACGGCUAUGGCCCUAGGUCUCGCACACAGUCUUUCUCGUUAUAAACUCAAAUUCUCACCGGAUAAAAUCGACACAAUGAUCAUUCAAGCAGUUUGUCUCCUGGACGAUCUGGACAAAGAACUGAACAAUUAUGUGAUGAGAUGCAGGGAGUGGUACGGCUGGCAUUUUCCGGAAUUGGGAAAGCUGAUAACUGACAACGUGGCAUUUGUCAAAACCGUCAAGAUCAUUGGGACCAGAGAGAACACAAUCAAGUCAGAUCUUUCAGACAUUCUUCCUGAGGACGUUGAGGAGAAGGUGAAGGAGGCUGCGGAGAUUUCCAUGGGAACAGAAAUAUCAGACGACGAUAUAUUGAACAUUCAACAUUUGUGCGACCAGGUAAUCGAGAUAUCUCAGUACAGAGCACAACUUUAUGACUACUUGAAGACCAGGAUGAUGGCAAUGGCGCCCAAUUUGACGGUUCUCGUUGGUGAAUUGGUUGGAGCUCGUCUGAUAUCCCAUGCCGGAUCUCUCAUCAAUCUGGCCAAACAUCCAGCUUCGACUGUGCAGAUUCUAGGAGCGGAAAAGGCAUUGUUCAGGGCAUUGAAGACAAAAAGAGAUACACCCAAGUAUGGAUUGAUCUAUCACGCUCAACUAGUUGGUCAGAGCUCUACCAAAAACAAGGGCAAGAUGUCAAGGAUGCUGGCUGCCAAGGCUGCACUGGCGACAAGAGUAGAUGCCCUUGGGGAGGACGGCAGCUUCGAUCUUGGCGCUGAACACAAAGCGAAACUGGAGGCGAGACUUAGACUCUUGGAGGAGGGUAACUUGAAAAGGAUCAGUGGGACUGGAAAAGCUAAAGCAAAGUUUGAGAAAUAUCAGACUAAGAGUGAAUUUGUACAGUAUCCGGUAGCUGGGGACUCGACCAUUGGUGUUAAGAGGCCCUUUGAAGAGGAGACAAAACCCAUGAUUGAAGAAAUCAAGGCUGAGCCUGAGGAUAAUGUGGAAGUGCCCAGGAAGAAGAAGAAGAAGAACAGGCAGAACGAAGGAGAAGCCGAGAUUAAAAUGGAGGUGGAGGAAGCUUCAACUUCCGUAGAGGAUGAGAAGAAGAAGAAGAAGAAGAAGAAGAAGCAGGAGGAUCUAGAGGAGAGUAUGGAAAUGGAAGCUGAGGAGAGCCAGGAAAGCACAGACCCUAAAAAAAAGAAGAAGAAGAAGAAGAUGCAGGAGAUCGAGGCAGCUCAAGAGACAAACGAGAUAGUCGAGGCCCCGACUAGUGAGAAGAAGAAGAAGAAAAAGAAGAAAUCACAAUCGAGCGAUUGAGAUCUAUUCCUCAGCCAUUAUCAGUUUCUAUGAUUCUUGGAUUCUAUUCUGUAUCAAUAGAUUCUUUUGAAAAUUAUAUUUUAGUUUAACCAAUAUUACAUUUUGAGAAAUAGAAAAUGAUUCUACAGAAUAAACAAAGUAUACAAUUCAUUCAAGGAAUAAAUGAGAACCUUUACUUUUUGCAUUGUA